AUGGCUGAUUUGAUAAGUAGUCUUCCAGACGAAAUAAUUUGUUAUAUUCUUUCUCUUCUUCCAUCCCAACAAGUUGUUGCAACCACUGUUCUCUCCAAGCGAUGGAAUCUUCUGUGGCGUUCAGUUCCCUCUUUUGAUUUCGACAACAUUAACGAACUCUUUUGGCAUAGCUUCGAGGAAAAAACGUUUUAUCGCUCGGUGGACUAUUUCUUGCUUCUGCAUGGAGACCAGCCCCUACAUAGAUUUCGCCUCAGAUUUAUAAUCCAGCCCCUAUAUGUAUUUCCCCUCAAAUCUGAAAUCAUCUAUUAUCUUACUGAACGAUUAAACAUAUGGAUUAAGGAUGCAGUGAGUGGAAGUAGUAAACUUCAGCACCUCGACCUCUAUCUGAAUAGCAAUAAUGUUUUGCCCUCUGUGGUGUUUAGUUGCAAAACUCUUGUAGUUCUGAAGUUGGCUUACACAACCGUGAAAGAUAUUUUCGUUGUUGAUUUGCCCUUACUUAAGAUCUUGCAUUUGAAUUUUGUUUAUUCCUCAAAAGAAGAUGAUUUUUCUCAACUUCUUUCUGGAAUUCCUAAUCUUGAAGUAUUGGAAGUUAGAGAUACACGUCUCAUUAACGAAGGAAAGUUCAAGGAAUGCCCUAAGUUGGUCAGAGCCGACAUCGAUGGUGGUUUAGUUUCUCUUGAAAUUGUUAAGAAUGUUGAAGUUUUGUUCCUACGUGUGAUAUGUCGUCAAGAACUGGUGAUUGACUUUCAGAAUUUAGUUGAACUUCAAUUGAAGUAUACUUUUUUUCCUAUCAAUUGGGUCGUGGUCCUGGAAUUGCUCAAGCAUUGUCCGAAGCUUCAAACACUUGACAUUAAGGUUUGA